GGAAGAGGGAGCGAGCGAGCGAGAGGAGGAAGACAGGCAAGAAAAUCCCCCCAAUCUUUUAAGUCAAUGCAUAUUGUGGUGACACCGGCAAAGGAGCCCUCACGGUGGAGUCGGCCAGGGCUGUGCGUUCCCAAAAUAUGACCAGGGGUGCUUGGAUGUGCAGUCGGCAGUAUGACGACGGCUUAAAAAUCUGGUUCGCAUCCCGGGAGAACGAAAAACCCUUCGCGGAUUCAGAGAGGGCUCAGAAAUGGCGACUGUCCCUGGCAUCGCUCUUGUUUUUCACGGUCCUGCUCUCUGAUCACUUGUGGUUCUGCGCCGAGGCCAAAUUCACGGGCACCGGAGAGAAGGAACAGCCGCCGCCUGACAAGCCGGAGCCCGCGGAGCCGGAGCUGCCUCCGGGCAUGGGGGAACCGUCGCCCCCCGCGCCCCGGCUCCUCACCCCCCCCGAGCCCUCCCUCCCGCCCUCCCCCGGCAACGGCGGCGGCGGCGGCGGCGGCAGCGACAGCGAGCCCCGGCACGGCGAGGCUGCCUUCCUGGGGAACUCCACCGCCGCUCCCCCGGAGACGUGCCCCCCGCCGGGCCGCUCGUCCGGGCGCUGCUUCAGCGUGGGGGACGCCGAGGCGGUGUGCCGGAGGCGGGGGGACUCGGGGCGGCAGCGGGGAGCGGGGCAGAGCCCGGCGCCCGGCUGGGAACUGGCGGAUUUUUACCUUUCCUUUUGUAAUUCCUACACACUUUGGGAGUUGUUCGCCGGGUUGUCCAAUCCGGACACUUUGAACUGCAGUCUGGAUGUGGUGCUGAGGGGGGGAGGCUCCUGCAGCCAGUGCGUCCAGGCUUACCAGCGCUACGACCAGCACGCUCAGGAGAAAUACGAAGAGUUUGAGGUUAUGCUCCAGAAGUAUUUACAGUCGGAUGAGUACUCGGUGAAAUCGUGUCCUGAGGAUUGUAAGACUGUCUACAAAGCCUGGCUCUGUUCCCAGUAUUUUGAAGUCACACAGUUUCACUGCAGCAACAGAAUUCCUUGCAAGCAAUACUGCCUGGAGGUGCAGACCAGGUGCCCGUUUGUGUUACCAGACAAUGAUGAGCUGAUCUAUGGAGGAUUAUCAAGUUUCAUCUGUACAGGGCUCUAUGAAAACUAUCCAACCAAUGCAGAACCAGAAUGCUGUGAUGUCAGAUGGGGACUAUUAUCAGAUCAUCAAUCCAAAGGGACUAUAAAAACAAGUGGCUCAACAAUGUGUCAUAGGACAUCGCUCACAGUUUCAUCAGCAUCAAGACUGUGUAACAGCAGACUUAAACUGUGUGUUCUUGUAUUAAUUCUAUUACAUACAGUACUUACAGUCUCAGCAGCACAGAACUCAACUGGACUGGGCUUUGGAGGCAUAACAACUUUGGAGGAUAAUUCAACCAAUGAGGAAUGAAAAAGAGAUUCAUCUUAUAUGACAGAAACACAAGAGGCCCAAGUGACUACAGUCAAAUAUGAAAACGACUGAAUGCUUUACCCUCCAAUCUCUUCUUCAGUGACCUUUUGGGUAAAAGGAAAAGAAUGGGCCACUACCCAAACAAGAAGAACACAAGAACACAGCUUUUUAUUGACUAAAAGGCUGUAUGGUGACUUAAAUUUCUCACACCAUUUUAUACACUGUGUUUUAAUGUUUGGAGUUUCUUUUUUUGUUUGUUUUUUGCACUUGUUAAUACAGGAUUUUAUUUUUGGGACAGUUUCUCAAAGCUAAAUUAAGUCUUUUCUCUGUCGAUAUAUUUCUAGUCAUUGUGUGUGUUCAUCUGAUAGUUCUGUCUUUUAUGUCCUGUCAGUUUCUAUUAGAGGAAUGACUGCUAUGAGUCCAUGACAUAGUAAAAAAAUAAUAAUUAAAAAAAAUAAAAAAUAUAAAAAAUAUAUUAAAAAAAAGAAAAAAUGAAAAAAUACACAAAAAAGAACAACAAAACAAACUGAAGAUUAAAAAAAAAAAAAAAAAAGAGAGAGAAAAAAAACCCAAACAAAUCUAACUGUCCUCUUACCCAUGGGAACCAUUCAUCUCCUUUCCCCUCCUCAUGUCAGAAAAUGUUCACUUGCUUCUGUCUGUGUAAUCACAAUGAAUGGGUGCACAAUUACAGUGUGCCUCUGCCACUGUUGCACAAACCUGAUGACUGAGCAAAUCAAAAAGGAGCAUGAAAGGGAUUCCUUUUAGCUGAACAAAUAAGUGCUCUCCUUACACGGUGGGAUUGGACAGUUAAAAAAUAUAAAGAAAUAUAUAACAAACUGUUGCUCCAAUACCCGUUUUGAAAAGUCCAAUCCUUUCUCAUGGUCAGUUGAACAGGAGCAGCCUUUUUUAGAUAUGCUACGUAAAACCAGUUAUGCUCAGCAAGUUGAAUAGUUGGGAAGCCUUCAUAUUGGAGGUGAAGGAUUGGCAUUCAUUGUGAAUUACGUUUUGAGUUCUCCUGCUGUCACAUAACCAGCAGCUUUCCAUAAGGAAUGGGAGCAAAGAGCUUCCAAAUUCCAAGUCUUUUUGUCUCAACAAAAUUACACUAGAAGCCUUUGAGCAUCUGCAACACAAAGUAUCCUUUGGUUUUUAAUCCAUUGUUUUUCUAAUAUCUAGAUGUUGUUGAAAGUUAUUCAGUUAUACCUAGUUAUUAAGGGUGCACAAGAAUGUGUUAGCACAGAUAAAGAAACUAUUUUGUUUUAACUAUAUAGGAAAACCGUUUUCAUAAAUGUGCAAUAAAACAGUAAAGAUAUACUAGGAUAUGAGUAGUCAAGAGAAAAGGUUGUAAUCUGAUUGCUGGUUUUUCAUUGUUUGGGGUAGCAUUUAAUUUAUUUACUUUUAUUUUUGUGGGAACAUUUCAUCUGCUGACUGUAUGAGAAUUUGCUUUAUAAAAAGGCUUUUUAGAGUUUACAGUAGAAUCAAUGGAAGGAAAAGUUAAUAAGGGCUGUUUUUAAAAAAUUUACAUUCCUUCCUAUUCUCUAACUACACUUGGGAAGUGCACUUUAGAGAUGUUUGCUGUGUAGCUGGGAGAUGAAGGAAGACUAUAGGAAAUGUUCUUAGGAAAUAAAAUAUAGUUAUCUACUUUCUAGCUAUGAAGUACCCCUUGAUAAAUAUUAAUGUAAAAACAUUUAAUCACUGGUGCAUAAUGUGUUUUUGUAUACAUUUUAUGGUCUGUUAAAUUCUGGAGGAAAAAAAAAAAAAGAAGAAAUCCAUGCUGUUUAAGCAAGUCAAGAUGCACACACUAAGUUGCAAAGGCUCAAAUAUUUUGCAAGAAUAUUUGUUUUGAUAAUGUUUUACUACAGUACACACUGAGGAGCCUAAAAUGAUUUGUGCAAAUAUGACAACAGAAAGCACCAGCUAAUACAAAAUUCUUCAGCACUGGUUUCUUUCUAUAACUUCUCCCUUCCCUUCCUUACACAUAUUAUAUUUUGUUCAAUAAAACAUAAUGCUUUUUAGUUAUUUUAGUUUCUGUUAGAGGCACAUGUAUUUAUUAUAUUGAUGCAAAAGGAGGGGAAAAUGAAGAAAUGUAAAUGAAAAAGCCUUAACUAAUGGUAGAAUGUAGACUUUUAAAAGGAUAGAGAUGUGAUUGAAAAGUGAUGGAGCAAUAACUGGACAGUGUUCUGGUACUGUACAACUGCUGAUGAGUCACACUUACUGAAAAAGUUCUUACUAGGUGAGCUCUUGUUCAACUGACCUCUUAGUUCAAGUGUAUGUGGUCAGUAAACAGUUUGUUAUAACCUUUAUCUACCUCUGCUGUGCAAAGGCCAUCCAGCAUCCAUUUCUGUGAUGUUCCUUUCAUACUCUUUUUGUUUGUGCCGUUACUCACUGUCAUCUUUUUUCACGCUGUACCAGUAUACUGGCAAGUCUGGAUCAUCCCAAUUUAACGAACACAUGAAGAAGAGUUAUUAUUUCUGUUUUGCCUCAUGUUGAAUUAAUGUAGAGGGUUAUUUUUAAGGCAUUUUCUUUCCUCUCUCCUGCUCUUCUUCAUCCUUCAUCCCUUAUUUUUUUCUAUAACAGUGUUUUCAAGUGGUAGCAGUGAAAAAUAUGACUUCUUCACUGCUUGGCUAUACUCUGUCAUGUGUCAUACAAUAUGAUAUAUAUGAGGAAAAGCAGUGACAACAUCAUUUUCAUUCAUAAAGUAGCCAAUUUAGAGUUGGAGGGACAGGGGGGGAGGAAAGGAGAAAAGAAAAAAGAAGCAGGAAGUAAUUAAUUACAGACUUCCAACUAUUACAUACAAUAUGUAAUAAAUUCCUCCCCCACUCCCCACCUGGAGUCAGUGCCUCCAGUUCAACUGUCUGUAAAUUUUCUCCAUCAUCUUUCUGAAGUUUGUUUCUUUAAUUUUUGAAACAGAGAGUCAUGUUGCAGAGGUGACUUUUGCUGGGGUACAUGUUGCCAUUUUCACUCCAGCAGUGUGGUAUACAGCUUCUCUUGCUGGCACCAGGGACAUCAGGAGUAGACAAAUACUCCUCUGUGAAGUUAAGCAACAUGUAAUCGUGUAUGAUGCAAAAUUUCAUUCCAUCCAUUCCUCAUUCGUACUAGUUUCCCUGGCACAAUCUUAAGCAUGCUCAAUAUUGUGCACAUAUUACUUUUUUUGCCAGAAUAAAUUUGCAUCUUGCCACUGCUAUAUUUGCCAUCUUGUUCCAUUUCUCCUUGUACUGUAUGCCUAAUACAUACAUGACAAAGAACUGGCUUAACAAGCAAGUAAUAUUAAAAUAUUUCUGCAAAUGAUUGAUGAGGAAAAAAAAAAAAAAAGAAUAUAGAAUAAUAUUUAUUUUAUAAUCAUAUGAAAAAAUAUAUUUCUCAUGUAUUUUAUCAUCUUAUUUUCUGCAAUAGGGAAAAUCCAGAUUUUGUGCAAUAUGUUAAUACUGCUAAGCCAAAUGUCAUAUAACAUAACCAGAGCUAUAUGUUAUUCUUUAUUGCAUUUGCAUUUGGUAAUACAUUAUACUGACAUUUUUCUUUCAUUAAAGAGACAGUAUCUUUUUUUUUUCCUUUUUUUUUUUUUUUUCUUUUUAAUAUAGCAGAUGAAGGCUGUCCUUCUGCACACCAUAUUUUAAAGACAAAAAGAAAAUGAAUUAUGAUUAUGUGUCAGUUCUAUAAAUGACAAAACCAAGCCAUCAGCUGCCAAAGAAUCUGUGGAACAGUAGAUAGAAACCAAACAUAGGCUUUCAAGAAAUUCCUUCUUGAGGGUUAUAAAAAUUGUUAUUGUAAAUCAUUAAAAAAGAGAGAAUGAGAGCUGUAUCUCAAAUAGCAGAAAUGGCAGGUUUCAUCUGGUGUGUGAUGUGGCUCCUAGCUUACAUAGUUUUACUCUACUAUUAAAAAGUGAGGGAAAAGGACAUUUUCUUCUGCUCUCUCCGUAUUUAUUAUGAUAAUGUCCUUUUGUAAGCAUUGCCUCCUCGCACAGACAAUAUGCUUAUCAUGAGGGCUGAAGACAGCUUAAGUAUACGCACACUAAUUUACACAGUGAAAGUUGUCUUAGAUGACUACCCAAAGCACAAGCAAAACUCAUCUGCCAAGUAGAGGUAACUUAUGUUGAAACUAUUACAUCUUAGGGAAUUUUAAGAUAUGUUUGAAAAGUCACCUAAGAAAAAAAAUCUCUGAGGGGCCUGUUCCUUACUGCAGCUUUUGUUUAUGUGCCAAGGCCCUAUGAUCAGCUCUGUGCUGGCAGGAUAGUAGCCGGACUUGGAGAUACACUGGUUUCAGUGGGCCUAUUUACAGGUACAAACCUGCACCUAGAAGUUCACUGUAGCAUAUAGGUCUACAUUUGUUGUCCCAUAGUUUUUACUCAGGAAUUGUUCACACAGUGCAUCAAGAAGGGAUCACUGGGUUCAGCCCUAUCAUAGUCUUGGUAAGAGACUGGCAAUGGUACAUCGGGAAUGGUUCUGAUAUAUUAUCAUUGUCUUCAUUGCUUACUGUUUUAUUAGUUUGGUGAACGAGCGACUUCAAAAUUUUGCUAGGAACACAUAGGAAAAGCUAAAAAAUCUCAUCAGUUCUAGGACAAAAUUAAGUAACCCUCCUGGGGUAAAGGGAUACUCCAACCUCUGUCAGCAGCAGUCAGGAAACAACAUUAUUUUAGAAAAGUUUGCAAAAAAUAAUAAUUUCAGCUCUAUGAUAGACUUUUCUUAAAAAUCAGAUUUUUGCAGUCAAAUAGAACUGGAGUGCAUAUCAUAUCAGCUGAGAUAUUUAAUUUGCCAACAUAUUCUGCAACAACUCUGAGUAAUCAAAUUUACUGAACACUUCUAAUUUUUCCAGUAUAUUUUUGCAAUCAUUAACAAGCUCUAUCUGUCCCUGGAGGGAGCAGAAGGGAGGGAAAAUAACUGUGGGAGAUGAAACUAAAAGAAAAUCCAGAAAUAGAGUUGGGCCAACUUGGAAAAUCCAUCUUCUUCAAAAUAUGGAAGAGUUGCAAAAAAAGAUGCAUAUGUGGGUUUAUAGCUAUACAAAAAAUAAUUCUCUUUUAGGAGAGAGAGAGAAAAAAAAAGUAUAUGUUCUUUGCAAUUGUUACAAAUACAGCAUACUGCAGAAUAAAUACACCAAAGGAUAUGACCUAUUAAAUAAACAGGGCAAAAAAUUUGUAUUAGUAGGAAUAUCCUACUAUAUAUUGUGAACUUCCAGGUAGAAUUUCAACAACGUAAAUAUGGAUUUUUAUACGAAAAAUUAAAAAAAAAAAAAAAAAAAAAAAAAAGGGCUGGAGGGGUAUACUAGGUUAUUCUAUAGUUUUAGGUGGCAGUAAAACAGGAGGCCUUGGUUGCAGGUCUGAUAGGGGAGUCUCCGUUCAGAGUCUUGAUUAUGCUUCUGUAUGAACUUCUAGAAUCUAGACUACAUUCAUAUUUGGAAUAUACACGGAAUGGCUUGCCCUGUUCACAUCUGCAGCUUCAGCCAGAGCCCCAUGAAAAUGAUCAGAGGAUCUACUAGUCUACUUUUAGAGAAAUACAUGCACUGAACUCCCAGACAAUUGAAAUAUUAUAACAAUGUGUAGGCUUCGCUACCAGUCCUCCAAGUAAGGGUGAAGAUCUUACCAGCAGUGUAUGUCGCUGAAUGCUUUUGCUCCUUUUGCAGCAAGGACUAGAUCAGCAGAAGGUACAGCAGGUUUGACAACAAAUCGCUGUUGAACUCCACUGUGGCAGUUCAGACAUUUCUGCUCCCAGAUGUCCCUCUGUGUGAUUUUGUCAGGACAUGUUGUUCUGGUGUAGGAUCAACAGAAGGGAAGAUGCGGUCUAUCACUCCAGUGUGAAAUGAGGGGCACUUGUGAAGACAAGAUUACUGACUGGGACAUUUGUCACUUAGACACACAGAUUUUUCUAUUGAGUAUUAACUGUGGGGGGAAUUGAAGAAAGAAAAGAACUUGUCAGAGGGAUAAAGCAGACAGAACAGAGAAAUAAUGUUUUAAAAUACUUCUACAAGAUUUAUUUGAAUAUCUCUUUAGCUGGAUAACACUGAACAUCACAGCACCAAACUCAUGUAUCUUACAACUAGUGAAUACAAAUUUCUGAAUCAAACAAACUUGAAGAAGCAUAAUACAAAAUAGGAGUUGAUAUAACACUGAGGAAAGUGCCACCCAAGCCAGCACUCUUAGGUUCAUCUUACUUUAGCUCUAUCCUCUCAGAGCUAUUCUUUGAGCACCAAGAAAGCAUCUGUCUUCCACUGCGAUUCAUAUUUUUGAAAGGUUUGUGGGUUUUUUGUUUCUUUGCUUUUGUUUCUUUUCUUUGUUUUUUCCCCCUGGAUUUUGCUUCCACCAUCAGCUUUUUAGCAUAAAAUAUAGAUAGGGGAUAAAGUAAUAAUCCCAUGCCAACUAAAAUGAUGUAAAUGAGUUUCACCUGGAUGAACAUCAGUGCUCUAGUCAGCAGGCUACUCUUUAAUAAAAGGAAGAGAAAAAAAACUGAAAGAUUUAUAUAUUUAUUUUUUACCUGUUUCUUUUCUGGUGUUGCUCCAGUGGACUCAAAUUAAUUAUUUGCAAAGUAAAAAUACUCCAGUGAAGUGGCAGACAUAUAAUAUUUUUUCCUCUUCUGAGGGAUGCAGGCAGAUAACUUGUUGAGCAGCCAGUAACCUGGUAACAUUAUGUUAUUUUAUAUUUUUUAUUAUAAUUUAAAUGGGGAAUAGAGUAUUUCAAACAGGAACAUCUAUUUUGCUUUUUUUUUGAUGGUGUUAAACACCUAAUACCCUACAGGAUCAAGUUCCUAUAUAGUAUUGGUACUUAAAUAUUAGAAAGCGCUAAGGAAACCUGCUAAGAAAACUACUGAAAGGAAAGCAGUGCAACUAAAUCCACUGAGAGAUAUCAAGCCAGUGAACAAUGGGAGAAACAAUCAAUAGUUGUUGUUUUUAGAGAAGACAAACAAAAAGCAAAGUAAUUAUUGUCUUUUCUUUCUCCCAUUCCUUCCCUCCUUCCAACUUCUUGUUUCUGUGGCAAGUUACCAAUCUGAUCUAGAACAUAUCUUACCAUUAGAAGCCCCCUAAAAAUAUUAACUGCAUUUGAUGAGACAUAAAGCCAUCCUAGUUUACAUUUUGCAGCAUGUGCAGGAAAAAAAAAAAAAA